UGCAGCAGAAGAUAACUUCGCAUGCGCAUCAAAUAAAAUUAUUAGAGGCGCGAGCUAUUUACAGUCAUGAUGGAGCUUUCGGACGAUAUAUAAAAGAACGGACAGUCGGACCCAUGAGUAUUUCAGUCAUAUCUGCAGAAGCCAUUUUCGUGACUUGCAGAGUUGUCUACCGUACUGAAAGUGCAUCCGGUUUCAUUUUCUCGAGCAGUAUGGCCAAGGUGAACCUAUUCUGCAAGCAUAUCUGGCGUUGUCUUCCUCAGAAAACAAAAAUGAUGUGUGCUGUUCCUUUGUUGACAGCAACUGGUGUUGUGUAUGCCGGGAAAGCGGAAUCUGAGGAGAAAAAACUCGUCAAAGUAUCAGAAAUAUCCAUGUACAACAACCCUGAAGGGGAGAAUAAAUACUACUUGAAAGAAGAGAAAUAUGAAACUUUGAGAGACUAUGUCAACAGCGCAAGAGUAUCAUUCAAUGAGUUCAUGGAACCUCAGUGGGACAGGAUUGAGGAUGUUAAAGAUAAAGUCGCCAUUGGAAAGGCACAUUCAGCAGCCUUAGUGGAGCGAUUGAGAACUGACAAAGAAUUACAGAGAAAAAUAACAAUUGUCGGAGGAUCCUCACUGGGAGCGGCGGGUGUAGGCUUAAGCAUUGUAGAAAGGGGAAAGAAAGGCACAGCUCUGACUGUCUUGUUUGGAUUACUGGGUGGAACAAUCGCCAUGGUGGUGCUUCAUCCGAAUCAAACUCUUGCUUUAAUUGGAUUUUCCCCAGAUGAUGUGGAGAAAAAAGAUUCUAAGAAAGAUUAAAAUGGAAAUUAAAUGUGUAUAUUUAAAGAGAGUGUUGUCAGUAUAUUAUAGUUAUCCAAACUGAAUAUCAGAAGUUGAAUGACAUCUUUAAGUAUGUUUUUUAAUUGUUAAAAGUAUUGGGAAAUUAAAAAGAAUGAAAAAACAGUUA